AGUGGAACAGGAUUUGAUAUGCGUACUCAUACUCAGGAAGUGUUAUUCACAAAUUCGAAAGUAUUGUACUCAAGUAUAGUUUCUACCGGUGUUUUAACAUGGUCGUGGAGGAUUGAUGUUAGGAAGUUUCCCUAUUGUGAAUACUACCAAGGUUUAGACACGUGAUUUGAUAAUGCCCACAGCCAUGGAGGAGGUGUACAUUGGAAUGCUGGGGCUGACCGACUCCAUCCCGGUCUACGACGCAAACCAGAACCGAAUCAAGAGAGAAAUCGUGAAAAUCUUAAACGCACAAGGGAAUGAACUCGGGCCGUGUUUAAGGGAAUUUCACAUCUUCACAACAUUGGUGGAGUUGGAUUUGAUGGGUAAUAAGUUGGUUGAUGCCGACUUGGAAACGCUGCAUGUUUCUUGUAGUUUGCGCUCGUUGAACUUGUCCAAUAAUGACUUACAUGAGGUGCCGUUGGAUGUGGAAAAUGGUUUGAAGAACUUGACCAAGGUUAUUCUUCAAGGAAACCCAAACCUUAACAUACCCAAGUGCAUCCAGAAUCUUUGUGGACUGAAGAAAUUGAAACAUCUUGACCUGUCACACACGAAAAUCUCGACAAUUCCUGAAGACGUUCGUAAGAUUCAGACCAUUGAGGAGUUGAAUAUUAGCGAUACGACGAUUCUCGAAGGGGAAAUCCCAGCUGGCGUGUUCUCUCUGAAGAACCUGAAGGUUCUUAUCACGAAUGAGGCAUUUGGACGUUAUGAAGGAAACCAACUUGAGGAAUUAUUCGAGGAUCAGAUUCUUGAUAACAUGGCCAUCCAACCGACAGACGAGGGGAAGAUACUCUGGAAGUACAGCCGUGGACACGCUCUUAAGUUGAUGAAAAAAGUCAAGAAGAUGGAGCUGAAGAGACAGUGGCCUGAUGAGGGAAGCAAGGUCCUCGAGCUGUGGUUGAAUUCCAGCAUGCUCGGAGGCCUUGGAGAGAAAGGCGUGGACGAUUUGUUCAAGAACAUGCGGAACAUUCAUGGUUUUCAGCAAAUCACGCUCCUCUCCUUGUGCACUAAUGAUCUGUACCAAAUUCCAAACCUGAGACACUUUGACAACAUACGUCAGCUUGGGUUGUGUCGGAACAACCUUUGGGCGAUCCCAGCCCACGUUCUCUCACUGCCCAACUUGACAAACUUGUAUAUAACAGACAACCAAAUUGAGAAGCUAAUCUUCAAUACCGACGAUUUCCCUAUGCUGAACGAGUUGCAUCUUCAAGGGAAUCCAAUAUGUCGGGAUUAUGAUGCCGCAGAGGCUUGCUUGGAGAGUAGGAAAAAUCUGAAGCAAUCCCAGUGUGCUAUUCAGGGCCUGAAGGAAGUCAUGAUUAGGGGGUCCAAUCUGCCUAGGGCUGAAACAGAUGAAUGUGAGGCCACUGAAGGAAAUUCCAUGCACCCUGGCACCAUGUAUCCAGAAGGACCAUCAGGCCACUUUCCUUCUCAGUACCCAAAUCCUGCCAUCCAGUACCCCAGGCCACAGGGUUAUCCACAGACACCCUAUGGUGUACAAGGAUAUGGCCCUCCACCAUUGGGAACUCCACCCUCUCAGAGACAUCCUCAGCCAUGCGUACCAUCGUCUCAGGACCUCGACGAAGCAGGCAUUUUCAAGGUCCUCGAUGCUUCAUAUGUUGAAGACAUCGAUGGUGUCACCGAGCGAAAUCUACGGCCCAAGAUUGAGACAUCUGAUGCCUGGCAAGAAAUUGCUGAUGAAUUGGGCAUGACUCGAGAUGAGAAGGAUCUGUUGUUUACGGAUUCUAAGAAGGAGCAACACAAGACGUUGAUGUGGCUCCUGUUGAGGAAAUGGGAGGCAGCUGACAAGUCAUUGGGGUCUCUCUAUCGUCUGCUCAUUCUGAAGGGAUAUAAACAAGUCGCACGCAUUCUGAAAGAUGGGGUCGUGGAUAAUUUGCAAGCCAAGGGAGAAUUGAAGAAGCGACUGGGUGAGAAAGCGCUGGACGUUGUACCACAGAGUUCACCUCAUGUAUUUAUCCCUGCACAAGGCGCCAACCCGUAUGACUCCCAGGUUCCACAGGCAGGACAGUACGCAUACCAACCUGGUCCACAACCAACCGCUAUGUACGAAGCAUCUGGUUACCCUACGUACCAACAAAGGGUUCCUCAGUACCAGGAUCCUCGGCAAGGUUACCAAGGCCUUCCCCAGUCGACGUACCCUGCUUACCGAGCCAGUCCCCCUCCUUCAUACAGUAUGCUCGAUGACACUAGGUCUCGUCGGACAAGUCAACCAGACUCAAGUUUCGGGACUCUUCCGUCAGAUUACAAGCUUCCCGACAUGACAGCUCUAAACAUCUCAAAUCAGACUUCAUACCAGUCUUCCCAAGUGGGCCAGCCUGGCAACUACCCCCAAAGUAGGCAAAUGCCUUCACAGGAAUAUACCGUAGACUAUUUUGGUAAGAGGCCAUCAGCUGGAAGCAUAAGCAGUCUGCCGGCUACAGAGAAUCAGAAUUUGUCUGGUUCACCGAGACCCCAACAUAGACAUUCAGUUGAUAAUACGGCUUCCUCCUUAUCUGCUACGGAGGUAAAACAGGUUCCCUUUCGUGAGCAAGAAUCUCUGCAGCAAAUUCAAGCUCCGGCUGCUAUGCAAGCCCAAGGCAUGCAGGGUCAACCUCUAGUGUCGUACACUGGGCAAGCAGCUGGUCAGCCGAGACCUACGGCCAUGCAGCCAGCUGGCCCCUCUCAAAAUGCAUACCAGACUGAGAGGAGAGGGUCAGAAGAGUCUGACCGCGUACCUUGCCAGAGUGAUGACCCAAGCAUGAUCCCUCCACCAGUGAUGGACUAUCUAGGCGCACCCCAGCAAUCCUCCAUGCGGCGUUCAGUGGGUAGCUACCCGACAAUGACCGACACCCAGGAGCCUGGAAUGACAGAUGAGACAAUGUACAGGAAGGUAUUAGUCAGUGCGAGCUCUACUGAAACAGAGCCCGCAGGUUUCUCUGAUGAGGCUGUGUUAAGGAAGCAAUUGUCCCUUCAUAAGGAUAGUUAAAUCAUUAGUAUUAAUAGUGCAUAAUGGAUGAAUAGGUAAACAGGGUGGAGGUCAAUUGUGAUUAGGACUGUUCACUGUGAUCAACUGUGUGGGGUUUAUAAAUGGAAUGUCUUCAAGUAGGCAGUGCUGCUCAUAGCAGUUGUAGGCCAGAUUGAUACUGCCUCUGAUUAACAUAGACCAAAUGAGUCAUCUGUGAGUGUGAUCAGUACAGAAAAUUAAUCUCUCUAAAAAGGACAAUGUCAGUCAAAAGAGGUGUCCUAGAAGACAGGUUUUGCUUCAUUGUCGACUCACUUCAUACUUGAGUCAUUCGCAUAUGAUCGGAUUUGUAUAGGCUUUAAUGUAAUGAGGACAUCCCCUACUUAUCUAUGAUCUAGGUUACUGCUGUCUCAUGAAAGCAUUGUAUGUAUCUGGUACUUAUGGAUAUUUUGAGAAUUGAGAGCUUUGGCUAUAUAUAUCUCAUGUACUUGUAGCUUGACUCCAAAGUUCGAGAACUUAGGAUAAGAAUCUGGUCUUUCAGUUUAAAUAUUGUAAAUAAUUAGGUUAAUAUUUAUGAAUGGGUACUUGUGUAUAUGUUCUGUAGUAGGAUAUGAGUCAGUCAGUCUGGACUGGUUGUGAUAGUGUAUUGUUUGUGGUAUAAAGUGUUCCUGGUCAACUACUUAGAAAUCUGCAGUCACCUAAUAUUGGAAAGGUCAGAGUAUUUUACAAUUCUUUGGAUAGCGUUUAUGUGGAUAGGGGGUGUGGCAAUCAAGAGGAUAGAAGGAACCUUCAUUAUAUCUGGAACAAAGGUGCGGGUUCCAAGUGUGUGUACCAGACACAUGCCCCCCCCCCCCCCCCCAAUUCGUGAAAAUCUUUGAAAUUGACAAUGGAGUUUUGAACUGGAGCAGAAAUUUUUAUGAGAAAUGCAGUGCCUUUUUCUGGCUCCUGGCUCUGCCACUGAGAAGACAUGUGGAAUGUUUUAUCUAUAGUGUUACCAAAUGCCUUUCAAUCAAAUUUGAGAUUUGAAAUUGCAUUUGAGAUUAUGAUUCUAUAAAUAUGCAUUAGAUAUAACUUUCAACGAUGCUGUUGUGUUCACCAAUAUGGAUAUACAUGUACUCUAUUGGUCAAUUUUCAUCACAUCGAUGAGUCUGGUUACUGUUCAUCACAUCGAUGAGUCUGGUUACUGUUCAGUGGCAAUGUUUAUCUCUAAUAACUUGUGACUCAUUGGUAAAUAAUGUACACAAGUGAAAUAACAUAAGGUGUUUGAUUUCACCUGGUGACAUUCAAGCUUUCCUUGAUUGACUUGAGAAUGAUGACAAACGCUAACAUUUUAGACUGCUUGUGAUGUUUUGGAAUUCCCCAGUCAGAAAUUCCCCGAUUCUUCCACUUUGCCAGGUGCAUACUGGGUCAAGUUGAAAUGUCUAUU